CUUGAACUGGACUGGGAAACGAUGGUAUCGUUCUCUGACCCCUCGCCGCCGAAAGGCAGCGCCAACCUCGACUGUAAGAUCGGUGGUCGUUACUUCGUCAACGGUUCUGUCUGGCACCCGGUCAUCGGCCCCUUCGGCGAGAUGGACUGCGUGCUGUGCCGGUGUUACAACGGCAGGAUUGACUGCUCACGCCUCAAGUGCCAGAGCAGGGACAAGCUGCACUGUGCCAUGCCCGUCAAAGUGGCCGGACAGUGCUGCCCAGUGUGUCCUCUCAAACUGCUCAUAAGUGGACCAACUCCCAGCGCCGGGGACACAGUGCGGUGCCUGAGUGAGAGGACCCAGCAGGCAGUGUGGCUCAACAACGGUGCUGGCAACAACACAGGCGUCCUCCACUAUGUAUUUGAACCUGUGGAGGGGUCGAGCAGCGUGUUGCACCUGCACCGCAUGAUCAUCAAGAGUCGCAACCUGGAAAACCUGGCCAUCUACGACAUCUCUAGGGAAGAGUUCAAAGACCUACGUUCUACCUACACCUUCACUCUCCUCGGCGGCACCACCACCAGGCUGAUGAACAAGUUCAAGAAGAGGGAGCAGCGUGUGGAGAGGAAAUGUAAGAAGAAGGGCCGUUGCACCCUUCAGCUAGAAGCCAUGGAGAAGACCCUGAAGGUGAAGCCUCCGCAAGCGAGAGUUCGUUGUGCCCGGGGUGAACGAGAAAUUUGAAGAGAACGCUGAGUUAGUGUGUUCUGUCUAGUCAAGGUCGGUAGUGACUGCAGCAGCGCCGUCUCUCACAGUGACCGUGAGGUGGGGCUGAGAGGAGGGGGCUGCACCUCCCCACCAUUCCUGGUGAAGGGGUGAGCACCCCCUCAACACACCCUCACUAUCACCAGUCGCCCCCACCUCUGGUGGGGGCUAGGCUUCAUUUGGACAUAGGUGGGAACGGGGAAGCCGGUGAGGUUACGGUACCAGCUAGGAUAGAGGACGGACAUUGUGUGCAGCGGGUGAUAUGUACAAAUUACUGUUAGAAGUGGAAAAAAAACUCAAUGUAAAUCAUAAAGGUGACAUAGUAGCACUGAGAGGAACUCAUGGAGUGAAAGUGAAGGUUAAGAAUGAGGCAGUCAAAGCAGGUAAGCAUUCAUGUUGGGGACACUGCUGGCGGACGCCAUGCUAGUGAGGCUGGCCACUGCGAAAGUAUUAAUAAUAUAAUAAUGUAAACAGAUAAUUAAUAGCGAUGGAUAUAAGUGUGUUAUGUGAUAGAGAAAGAAACUUACUUGAAGUAGUGAGAGAAUAAGGUGACACCUGCUUGAGGGGGUGAGAAAUGAGGUGAAAACUGCUUAAAGUAGUGAGAAAUAACGUGACUUGCUUGAAGCAGUGAGAGGAAUGAGGUGACACCUGUUUAAAGUGGUAAGUAACAUGACUUGCUUGAAGCGGGGAGAAGAAUGAGGUGGUAAAAGGAACUGGCUGGAAAUCAGAAAACAGAAUAAUAUUGUUCAAUUUAUUCAGAAAGAGGAGGAGGUAGCGUGUGAAUAUUAAGAAGGAAAAGGAAUUCAAUUUAUUGAAGAGUGUGUGGCGAGGCUGCAGUCACCAGCGACUUGUGUGUUAUGGUAAUCUUAACUCGUGUAUCCAGUAGCAAGAGUAGCAACACAUUGUUUUCUUUCUGAUGUUUUUUUCGCAUUUGGAAAGGCAGAAAAAAAUAGUUUUUUAUAAGACGUGUGACAUGUAUUGCUGUGCAAGAUGCAAUCGAGGGUCUCAAAGUUGCAGAUCUCAGUAAGAAAGUUGGUCCUCAACUGUUUUCUCUUGUUUACCUCAUUACAGUCAAUGUCACCUCUUGAUUUGAUUUGUAACAGUCAUAUUCUUUUAUAUAUACAGUCAACUGUCCUAUAAAGUUCCUCUAUAUGGUGUUAUUCUUUGUAAAUGCCACUGAAAAUCUGCAUUUGCUAAAAAUCACACUAAGUGGAAAAAAAACUUUUUUUUCUUAUUAUUUAAUUCUCUUUUUAAGACAAAUUCCGAGGAAGACAAUUUCCAGAUCCCUAUUGAAAAAUGAAUGCAAUAUUUAUUAAGGUAGGCAUCUAGUGGAUGAAUGAAACCUGAAAGAGAGCUCACUUAGAAUUACGUUCAUUACUAAACCCACAACCUUGUCAUAUAUAAUUGCUUUGUCUCGUACAAAUACUCUCGUCGUUAAUUUUAAAUACUCACUUGCGAGCCAUACAACACAUACAUACACACGUGUGUGUAUAUGUAUGCGUAUUUCCCAUGAUUACAAUACACACACACACACACACACUGAGGACAGAAGGUGGAGAACUCACAAGAAAUGAUCAGGAGGUAUGUGAGGAGCUAAACGGGAGAUUUAAGGAAGUUUUUACAGUAGAGACAGGAAGGGCUCUGGGAAGACAGCAGAGAAGGGAACAUCAAGAGGGAAUAUACCAACAAGUGUUGGAUGACAUACGAACAACCGAGGAGGAGGUGCAGAAGCUGCUAAGUGACCUUGAUACCUCAAAGGCGAUGGGACCAGACAUCUCCCCGUGGGUCCUUAGAGAAGGAGCAGAGAUGCUGUGCGUGCCCCUAACCACAAUCUUCAACACAUCCCUUGAAACUGGGCAACUACCUGAGAAAUGGAAGACAGCAAAUGUAGUCCCCAUAUUUAAGAAAGGAAACAGAAAUGAGGCACUAAACUACAGACCUGUGCCUCUGACAUGUAUUGUGUGCAAAGUCAUGGAGAAGAUUAUCAGGAGGAGAGCGGUGGAACACCUGGAACGGAACAAGAUUAUAAAUGAAAACCAGCAUGGGAUCAUGGAAGGCAAAUUCUGUGUCACAAACCUUCUGGAGUUUUAUGACAAGGUAACAGAAGUAAGACACGAGAGAGAGGGGUGGGUUGAUUGCGUUUUCCUAGACUGCAGGAAGGCCUUUGACACAGUUCCCCACAAGAGAUUAGUGCAGAAGCUGGAGGAUCAGACGCAUAUAACAGGGCACUGCAAUGGAACAGGGAAUACCUGACAGGGAGGCAACAACGAGUCAUGGUACGUGAAGAGGUAUCAC